GUUUACAUUUUUCUGUUGAAAUUGACAGUAUCCUUCUUCCAGAAUAACUAAAAUUGCUCCAACUUUAGCUCCAAAACAGCCUCACAGGCUUCUUGAAGAGAAGUUCAUUUCUCUCUUACAAUCAUGUAAGACCUUAAAACAUCUCUUCCAAAUCCAAACCAAAAUUUUGACUCAUGGCUUUGACCAAAACCAAUACAUAACUCCGAGAUUUGUGACCGCAUGUUCUCAGCUGAAGCAAAUGGGCAUUGCCCAGACAAUGUUUGAUAAAAUUCCUGAACGAAACACAGCCCUAUGGAAUUCAUUGAUUAAAGGGUAUGCGCAGAAUGGGUUUUAUGAAAAAGUUAUAUUCUUGUUCAGUCAAAUGAAAAGCAUGGGUUUUUCACUACCCAAUGGCUUUACUUUUCCUAUUGUUCUUAAAUGUUGUUUCAAGUGUAAUGCAUUGAGAGAAGGUGCGGAAGUGCAUUGCGUUGUGAUAAAAAGUGGUUUUAGAGGAAACCCUUUUGUUGGAACUACGUUAAUCGAGAUGUAUUCAGGUUGGAGAAUGAUUGCAGCAGCUUAUAGAGUGUUCAGUGAAAUGGUUGACCGGAAUGUUGUCGCUUGGACUUCAAUGAUUAACGGGUUUAUUCUAAGUCAUGAUUUAGUCAAGGCACGGUUUCUUUUUGAGCUGGCGCCGGAGCGUGAUAUUGUGUUGUGGAAUACUAUGGUUUCGGGUUAUAUUGAGAUGGGGGACAUGGUGGAAGCAAGGAAUCUUUUUGAUCAGAUGCUGAAAAAGGAUGUAAUGGCAUGGAAUACAAUAUUGCAUGGUUACGCGAUUAAUAGGGAUGUUGAGGCUUGUGGGAGGUUUUUUGAAGAGAUGCCUGAGCGGAAUGUUUUUUCAUGGAAUGGAUUAAUUGGAGGGUAUGCAAGAAAUGAGUGUUUCUUGGAGGUUUUGGAUGUAUUCAAGAGGAUGCUAAUUGAUGGUAAUGUUCUUCCUAAUGAUGCUACGCUUGUGACUGUGUUGUCUGCAUGUGCGAAGUUAGGAGCUUUGGAUUUGGGGAAAUGGGUCCAUGUAUAUGCAGAGAAUAAUGGAUAUAAAGGAAAUGUUUAUGUUGGGAAUGCUUUAAUUGAUUUAUAUGCAAAGUGUGGGAUGAUAAAAAAUGCAGUUGAUAUUUUCAAGAGCAUGGAUAAGAAGGAUUUGAUAAGUUGGAACACAAUAAUUGGGGGCUUAGCAAUGCAUGGGCAUGGAGGUGAUGCUUUAGAUUUAUUUUGUCAAAUGAAGAAUGGUGGAAUGAAUCCAGAUGGAAUUACCUUCAUUGGUGUUUUGUGUGCUUGUACACAUAUGGGUUUAGUUGAAGAUGGCAUUUCAUAUUUCCAAUCAAUGGUAGAUGAUUAUUCUAUUCAGCCUCAGAUUGAGCAUUAUGGUUGUAUGGUUGAUCUGCUAGCCCGAGCUGGACUUUUACCACAGGCUCUGGAUUUUGUGAAGAAGAUGCCUAUGGAAGCAGAUGCUGUUAUUUGGGCUGCCUUACUUGGAGCAUGUCGGGUUUAUAAAAAUGUUGAAUUUGCUGAGCUUGCUCUUGAACACCUCAUUAAACUUGAGCCAACAAACCCUGCAAAUUUUGUCAUGCUUGCUAACAUAUAUGGGGAUCUUGGUAGAUGGAAAGAUGUGGCAAGAUUAAAAGUUGCAAUGCGAGAUACUGGGCACAAAAAAUUGCCAGGAUGUAGCUUGAUUGAGGUUAAUGAUGGUGUGGUUGAGUUUUAUUCCCUAGAUGAGAGGCAUCCUGAAACAAAGGAAAUAUAUGGAGCCUUGAGGGGAUUGACAAAACUGUUGAGAUCAUGUGGGUAUAUACCGGAUCUUCAAGAGCUUGGGCAGGGGGGUUGAGGUGAAAAAAAAUACUGCAGAAUCAAGGAGAGAGUCAUUGGUCAGGAUGACAUGUCUCAGGUGGUUGAGUUUUACUGUCAUCCCUUUUCAACCUGUGACACGUCUCUAGUGGUUUUCUUGAACUUGUGAUUGUUAAAAAUUCGCGAGCAGCAGUUGAAGAGGUUCUAGAGUCUGGAAUAAAUUGCUUUGUGCUUAGGCUGACAUCCCUUGCCGUGCAAGUAUUGUGUAAGGAAAAUUCUGAGUAUUUUCUCAAUUCCAAAGGAUGUUAAACAUGAAGCUGGCAGUCAUAUUUGUUUCCCCUUUUCUAUAUCACACUUUUUAAGCCAGGAUGAAGGUGAAUUCACUGGAUAGGGCGAAUGAAUGAGUGACUGAUGUAUAUCACUAGGAGAAGCCCAGGAUGGAAGACUGAAUCAAACUGAAACUUAGAUACAUACAUGAGCAAAAGGAUUUAUCCUCUUGAUAAAUCCUCUUGAUUUUCCUCUUGAUUAUCCUCUUGAUUUUCAAUUCCAAUAAGCUAACAAGUUAAAGGAUUUAUUCUAAUCAUUUCAGCUGCCAUCAACUAGAAGAUAACAAUGCUUGGCUUGAUUUAGCAGUUGUCCAACAUCAUACAGCUGAGGUCUGAGAUUUCAAGUGAACCUCUGUUCUCUGAAGAUGGCAAUGCUCCUACUCUUCCAAGCCUGCAAGGAAAAUUUUGAAAUUAACCUGUGUAACCUGGUAAAGUUCAUUAUAUCAUUUGCUAGUUCUUUAGAUACAUUGGAUUUAAUAAACUUUGUUUGGAUUGAAAUACUUUUAAUGUUGAGGAACUA